AUGUCUGGUCUUCCGCCGCCACCAUUCUUUCUUCAAAAUCCUGGUAAGCCUCCGCAAACCUGGCUGUCAUGGCGGAAAUCGUUCCAGAAUUACCUCAUCGCAACUGGACUGGACAGUGAAUCCGCAACGCGUCGCAAGGCGAUUCUUUACCACUGCUUGGGAAGCGAAGGUCAACGGAUCUUCGAUUUGCUACCAUCGGGUGAUUCUUCAACUACAUCAUCAGGUUCGGCAGACUCUACUGGGCAACCGGAUAUUUUCGCAAAGGCUUUGCACACGUUGGACGUGCACUAUGAUGUCGCGACAAACGCAAUCGCCGAACGGCAUAAUUUUCGACAACGUCGUCAACAAUCUGGUGAAACGACGGACGACUACCUCAUUGCACUUCGUCAGCUAGCUAACAGCUGCGAUUUUGGAUCCACAUGCGACGCAAUGCUCAGGGACCAAAUUGUGGAGAGUACGAAUGUUCCUCACCUCCGUGAGCGCUUGCUGCUCGAAGGCUCUGGCCUUACCUUGGAUAGGACUCUGGCUCUCGCGCGUCAGUUUGAGCAAACACAGAAGGAAGUGAAACAAUUCCACAAGUACGAAGAAGAUUUCACUGUACAAGAAGUUGCCAAGCGACGAUUCAAGCAGACUGCUAACAAGCAGUUCCGAACUGCUUCGGAUCCGAGCACUUCUGGGUCGACCUCGCAAGACGACAGCCCAACAGUACUCCAACUUGCAUCACCCGAAACGAGGCGCAAGACUGGAAUAUAUCUUACAGUAAAUGUUGAAGGCACCAACGUCGAUUUCCUGUUGGAUACAGGUUCGUCAGUAUCCAUUAUUUCUGCAGCAAUUUACAACAAGCACUUCUCUGGCAUUACAUUGAGGCCGACGUCCAUCAACCUCUUCGACUACUCAAGAAGCCGCAUCGCUAUAGUCGGUUGCUUCCCAGCAUCGGUAACCCACAAGAACCGCAAAGUGUGUGUGAUCUUCUACGUCGUUUCGAGCGGUACAACUCUACUGGGCCUUGACGCGCUCACCGCACUGGAACUUAGGAUCGACCGGCUCCACCUUACGUGCUCAAACACAGUAUCUACUCCAUUACCGUCAGUACUCGCUUCAGAUUUCGAACACCUGUUUGAUGGUACGCUAGGAAUUGCAAAGAACUACGUGCACAAGGUGAAAGUGCGGUCGGAAGUCAAGCCCGUUACUGGUAAAUUGCGACAGCUACCGCUCACAGUUCGCGAACAAGUUUCAGAUGAACUGCGACGACUAGAAGAGCAAGAUAUAAUAGAGAAGAUUACUGCGUCGGAAUGGGUAUCACCAAUCGUGGUGGUGAAAAAGAAAGAUGGCUCCAUCCGCCUUUGUGUGGACCUCCGGGAGCCAAACAAGGCAGUCAUACCAGAUUGUUUCCCCUUGCCCCAUACAGAUGAACUGUUAAAUGCCCUGUCUGGAGCUACGCGUUUCUCCAAGCUCGAUUUAGCUUCAGCAUAUCAUCAAGUUCCUUUACAUCCAGACAGCAGGGAUCUAACAGCAUUUUAUAACCCACGAUGGCCUCUACCGUUUCAAACGUGCUGUCAAGGAGUAUUAUUCUAUAUUGACGACAUCAUCGUGUACGGGCGACUGAGCAGGAGCAUAUGGACAACCUUCGAGCAGUUCUACAACGACUUUCGCAAGAAGGCUUGCGGCUCAACCACAAGUGCAUUUUUGACGUCCCCGAACUGA